AUGAGGAUUGGUAUCGUAACAGUACUGGACAAGAGCCGUUCUCGAUUGAAGUACCGUACUGCAAUGCAAACAAUGGAAUGCUAUGCACUUCGACAUAACUACACCUAUAAAAUUACUUUCCGACGUCACUGUAUCGUAGCGAUAGUCUUGCAAUCGUUCGACUGGAUACUUUUCGUUGAUAGUGAUAUGGGAGUGGUCAAUGAGGACAGGAAGUUGGAGGAUUACGUCGAUUCGAGCAAGGACAUCAUUUUCUAUAACAGAUUCUUUAAUCACGAAAUCAUGGCUGGGUCAUAUCUGGUGAAGCGAAGUGCCUUCUCAAUAAGAUUCCUGCGUGGAUGGGCGGAUUAUGAGUUUUCUCUACCGAACUCCUUUCAUGGUAGAGACAACGGAGCCAUUCACGUAUGUCUUCGUUUAUUAUUUACUUAUGUAAAAACCAUACUCGCCCAAGCCAAUGACGGUUGA